AUGGCUGAGAUACUUAGAUGCCUAUGGGAUAGAGCUCAAGGCAAGUAUCGUCUGCGGAUAAUAUGCAAUAAGAUUUUCAAUGAUUAUGCUGAUAGAGAAAAAAGACGUUUGCUAUUGAACAAUCUUCAUGUUGCAAGCCUACGGGUGUACAAUUCCGUGAACAAGCAAUUCCUCAGUCCUCAUAUGGAACCUCCUUCUAUCAUAGUUAUGGAUAAUAAAAUAAAGGAAUACCGCUUAAAGAAAAUUGAAGAAAUAACCCGAGAACAGUUCUAUCAAUUAAUCAUGGAAUGGAUCAAAAAAGACUUGCAUCUUAUUCUAGCAAGCAAAGUUACGAUUGCUUCUCUGGCAACCCCUGCACUGGCAAUCACCACAAAAAAUAUUGGGAGGCAAGGGUCUUGGAUUAAAAGUAUUAUCGAGAAAAUCCCGACUCCUUUCUUGUUCUCCAUUUACUUUGUUGGCCUAGUUCUGCUGCAGGAUGUCAGGGUAGACUAG